UUGUCAGUUCAUGGAUUCAACACGGAUUUAUAUAUAUUCAGAUGGAACUAUGCGAGACUGGAGAUUUGGCGACUUAUUUGGACGAUUUUUGUAAAGAUGAGCCAAUGGAUGAACCUCGACUGUGGCGGAUACUAGCCGAUAUUGCUCGUGGACUGGCGCAUAUUCAUCGACAGGGUAUAGUUCAUUUGGAUCUUAAACCAGGAAAUAUAUUUAUAUCAGCAGAUGGCACAUUAAAGAUUGGCGAUUUUGGUAUGGCUGCGGUUGCACCCGUACCAAAGGGGGCUGAUCGGGAAGGGGACAGAUCGUAUCUUGCACCUGAAGUGCUGACUGAUUCCUCUGUUGGAUGUUCAGCAGAUAUAUUCAGUCUUGGGUUGAUUUUACUGGAAAUUGCUGCCAAUAUCAUUUUACCAGAGAAUGGUACGGUUUGGCAACACCUUCGAGAAGGUGAUUUUACUGAUAUACAAAUGGACCGAUCGCCACCCCUGACCGACUUUAUCAAAAGUAUGAUGCAUCCCAAUCCCAAUGUGAGACCAACGAUAGAAGAUGUACUCCAACAUCCAAUUCUGGCGUCAUUAAUUCGACCCAUACAAGACACGACACCCUCUUGAUACCUUGACCCUACAUUCUAUACAUCCUUUAAACCCAAAUUGACGUAUACUCUAUUUACAACUCCAUUCACGUAAAAUAAAACGUUUGUAUUUAUCUUGCUGU